UGUUUGUGACUAAUCACGAAUUUUCAUCCAUUUUUAAGCGGCUGUUCCAGUAAUAAUGAUAACGUGAAAGCACUGUCGUGUUAGCGGACUUUGAAGCCUCGUAGCAUGUGUUCGAUCACCGCUUGUAGAUGUUCUCGUCGAUUUUCAUUGGCUCGUAUGAACGAACUUUAGCGCGCAGGCGGUAAGCCAGUUAUAAGAGUAAAGACUGCGUGCAACCAAGCACAUUUCUAUUUACGUUGCACUCGCGAUCAAUCCCUCUAAGCCUUCUAUAGAAACAAGGAAGUAACAACAAAAGCUUAGUUUGAAAUCGCCACAAGUUUUUUAAAAUAGUGAAAGAAUGGCUACCGAAGUCAUGCAGCUACCGCAUAUCGAAGUGUUUCAUCGAGUAAUGGAACUUCCAGUAGUCGAAAGUGCGAUAUCUAAAUCAACAGCGACGUAUUUGCGUGUGAAAGAUUGUCAUCAGCUAGUGCACUGGGCACUAACCACUGCGGAAACUUCUUUAAGUAAUGCAACGAAGCAAGCGGUACCUAUUGCUGUUCCUAUCGCCAAGAAACUCGAGAACCCUAUACACUUUGUUGACCACACGUUGUGCCGUGGUCUCGAUAAAAUCGAAGAAAAAGUUCCGAUGGUUAAAGAGAAACCUGAGCAGAUUCUAGAAAAUGCCUAUACGUUAGCACGACAAACUGUUCAACCAGCUGUAAUGAGCAUUUCGCUUGUCAACGAAUUAAUAAUCUCGCAAGCCUUGAGUUUCAGAGACAUAAGUUGGAGUAAGGCGAAUCAGAUUUUAGAAACGCAGUAUGGUAGCGCAGCUGUUCGAGGUUUAGACAGCACAGCUGACGCUGUUAAUAAAUUAAUCGAUAAAUAUUUUCCUGCGACGGGGGACGAGCAGUCAAAAGAGAUAAACACGAACGAAGAAGAUAAGCUCCUUCAUACCUUACAAACGGUUGGGCGUUUAUCUAAUAAAGCUGCUCGUCGUAUGUAUUCGAAUAUAAUACUUCACUUAGGCACUAUUAACGCUGAUAAUUUAAAAGCCUAUAUUAAAUCCUUGGUUCAGUUUCUACUAUUAACGAACCGUCAUGCCAUAAACAGCAAAAUACAGACCCAUGAGACUAAUUCGAAAACUACAUCGAACGCAGAGACAAAAAAACAAAAUUGAUGUUUCGUUGGUGAUAACUAUGAAAAAAAACUUUUACCGAUUCCAUUAGCCUUCUAUUUAUUUCUAGCGUGCAUUUUGUAAUACAUCACUUUUUUUCCUAAACUUCAUUUUUUAAAUAUAUAAGUAUUAUAUAUUACAUUUAAGAGAUUGAAAUGUAUUUGUAUUGACAGUGAUGAAAAAUAUACGACCAACUUUUCCAAGAAUAAUGUUUUGUUAUUAGAACUCUCAUAAAUAUAUAAUUCUACGCGAU